UCGCUCUCGCUCAAUAUUUUGGUGAUUUGCAGUGAUUUGAUUUGUAAAUUGUCUGUGUAAAUUGUUUCCCCACAGCAAAGCCCCACAGUAUUACUUUACUCUAUAAUCAUCUAUAAUUGUUUCGCUUUACGAUUGUGUGGACCGUUUACGUGACUGUUAUCGUUUAUCCUAUAGUUAAUUUAGAACAAAAUAAAGAAAAUUUACUAGUAAUGGAAAACGCAGAAGAAGUGUUUCAAUUCUUAGAAGAAUUCUCCAAACGUAAGCCAAAAAUAAUACCACAAGAAUUGAAUGAAUAUUUGGUGUAUGUAGCUCGGACCGGAGACCCUGUAUAUCAAUGGUCUCUAGUUAAAAGUUUAUUCAAAGAAAAGUUACUAAAUGUAAUAACAGAUUUUCAUGAAUCCACACCUAGUGUCGAUAUUCCGCCAUGUCCUAACGUGGAUCCAUUCAACUAUGAUAUAAUGAAAAAUAGUCUCAUUGAACGUCUUGAUUCAUUCACAUCAGCACCUUUUACGGUACAAAGGAUUUGUGAACUACUUACGUGUCCGCGGAAGCAAUACAAACGAGUCGAUAAAUUUAUGAGAGCCAUUGAAAAAAAUAUCUUAGUCGUAAGCACAAGAGAGCCUGGUCCACAGAGACAUCAAGAACCAGAAAAUGGCGAAGCAAUGGAACCCAUGGUAAAUGGCUCUGACAACAAUUCUGAAUAUAAUGUUGAUGUUGAAAUGGAAGACAUAUCUUGGAAAGAAAAUGCUGAAUCUAGACAGGAGUCAGAACCUCAGCCAAGUUCAUCUGACGCUCAUAUUUCAGUUGACGAUUUAGAAGCAAGAUUGCAGGCUAAGCAAAAUGAAUCCAGCACACAAGAUAAACAUAUAACUGAAUAUGAAUCUGUUACUCCACCAGAACUCAACGUAGUUGAGAAUAAUGAGGAACCCUUACAGGAAGAGAAAUCUGAAGAAAUACAUAGCCCUCCUUUAAGUAAUGAAAAAGAAAACAAUACUGUAAUAGUAACGGAGAAAAAUCAAGAGCAAAAGAUUGAUGUAGAAAUGAAUGAAGCAACUAUCCCUCCACGUCCAUUAGUCAUUCCAGAUAUCAAGGUAGAUGAUGCAGAAAUGACAGAACAAAAGUUACAUGAACAAGCCCAGGCUGCAGAUAAUAUUGAACCAAUUAAAAUUAGCAAUGAAGUUGUAGAAGGAAAUUCUAUAAUUGACGAAAAAUCAACUGAUGAAAGUAGCUCAGAUGCUAGCACAAAGGAUGAGAAUGAACCUAAAAAUAUAUCAGAAGCUUCCUCCUCUAGUGAAGAGAGCUCGUCCUCAAGUGAUAACGUAGAUGGAAACAGUAAUUCUCCAAAAUCUCAAACUGAAGUUACACCAGAGAAACAAGAUUCACAAGAUGAUAAGGAAAAUAAGGACAGUGAAAAUGCAACAUCCGAAGUUAUAGAUACACCAGCCGUAACAAUUCACUCUGAGAAUUAUUCUAUAACAGAUGUCAAUUCAGAAAUACCACAAGCACCUGCUGAUAUUAAAAAUAAAGAAGAACAAAUUAAACCAGAAAGAAGUCCAGAAGACCUUAAGGAAGAAAUUAAAAAGGAUGAAAAUGAAAUUGACAAUGAAACAAAGACCGAAACCCCAGCAUCUUAGGCAUAAUUAAAUAAAGUUACAAAUUGAACUGACCCUUACUUAAGCAGUCUGAAUUAUUAUCAAGAUAUAAGAUAAAUUAAUAAGUUAUUUCAAAGUGAUGGCCAAUGAUACAAGCCCCACUUAAUUUUCUUAUUCAUAGGUAAGCAAUAAGCAUCCUUUUUUGUAUUUAUAAGUUUAAACAACAAUCUAUGUGACUUUGUAUUCUAGAAUGAUUGAGAUAAGUUAUGAUGUAAUAAAUGAAUGAUUUGUA